CUGACUGGAAAAACUGAAAAAAAACGAAAAAUCAGUUUAUUAUCCUUCAAACGCUCAGAUGCGUUAAUGUCUUCGCUAUUAAAACGACUUCCUUGAUCAAACGUGUGUUCUCUACAUUAAAGCAUGGGAGCUGAUAAAAGGCUUGGUCGGGGUGAGCGUAGUGGAAGAUAUGGAUCAGAUGGGAGGAGAGAUGACCCCGAAUGGAAGGAAAGACGGAGUCAAGAUGUGGAGAGGGAUGAUGAUCGACGAUGGAGUGAUGACAGACAGAGAGAGCGCUUUGACGAUCGCAGAGACAGUCCAGAGCGGGGCCGAAAACGUCGCAAUAGUGACAGAUCCGACGAUGAAUAUGAUGGGGAUUAUCCAGACCAGGACGACAAAAUGGAGCAGGAGGAGGAGAGCAAGACUAUCAUGCUGAGGGGUCUCUCUCUUCAUGUCACAGAGGAUGAUAUCCGCUCAGCUCUGGAGCAGCUGCCGGGGCCCCAGCCUGUGGACAUUCGCUUAAUGAAGAAAAGGACAGGUAUAAGCCGAGGUUUCGCCUUCGUGGAGUUUUAUCACUUGCAAGAUUCUACCCGAUGGAUGGAGACCAAUCAGAACAAGCUGGUGAUCCAGGGGGAAAGCAUUGUGUUGCACUACAGCAACAGGAAGCAGAAGUUUGAAAACUGGCUUUGCAAUGCAUGUGGGCUGUACAAUUUCCGGAAGAGGCUGAAGUGUUUCAGGUGUGGAUCAGCCAAAGUUGAUGAGUCACCGGGACUCAGUGGUUUGAAUGCAGACUCUCAACAGGCAGGAGACAACAAUGGAGACACAAUAAUCUUGAGGAACAUCGCCCCUCUUUCAAGUGUUGAUGGGAUUUUGAACCUCUUGGCGCCUUAUGCCAACCUGUCAGCUGGCAACAUCCGCCUCAUCAAAGACAAGCAGACGGGCCAGAAUCGAGGCUUUGCGUUUGUUCAGCUCUCAUCUCCCCUGGAGGCUUCACAGCUACUAACUAUUCUCCAGAGCCUUCAGCCACCUCUGAAACUCGAUGGAAAAACAGUGGGUGUCGAUUAUGCCAAGAGUGCUAGGAAGGACUCGGCGCAGCCUGACGGGAUCAGAGCCAGCGCGCUCUCUGUUGCCAGCACAGCCAUCGCUGCUGCUCAGUGGUCAUCCAGCCAGUUGCAGCAGGCUUCAGGGUCCAGCUCUGACUACAUUGCUCCACAGGGCUAUGCACAGCAAGCACAGGGACUGAGUUAUCAGGUGUGGCAGCCUGAAGUCUUGGCUCCAGUCCUUAGAGAUGGAUUACUUGGAGCUGCUCCAGCAAUAAAUUCAUUGAUCCCUGCGUCUCUAGCUGCUGUCAUAUCGCAGACAGCUCAGGUUUACCAGCCUAUCAUGGUCAGCCAGCCGGGCAUUCAGUUAGUGAGACCUGUUGAUGCAGUGCUACAGACUGCUUUUGUUUCCACGGCUGCAGCUGCUGAUACGCGGACUGCUCACACUACAGCCCCUGAACCCUCCACAUACCAGUACAACGAGGCUACAGGUUACUAUUAUGAUCCUCAGACCGGCCUCUACUAUGAUCCCAGCAGCCAAUACUACUAUAACGCAGAGACUCAGCGGUACCUCUACUGGGACAACGAGACGCAGACGUACGUCCCUGCACCGUCUGAAUCAGACACAGAACAAGUGUCGGCUAAUAGUUCUUCAACCCCAAACAGCAAAGAGCUCAAAGAUAAAAAAGAAAAGCCCAAAAGCAAGUCUGCACAACAGAUCGCAAAGGACAUGGAGCGUUGGGCGAAAACCUUAAAUAAGCAAAAAGAAAGUUUCAAGAGCCCUUUCCAAGGUUUUGGGUCGUCUAAGGAAGACGACAGGAGAGAGUCUGCUGCUGCCGACGCGGGGUUCGUCGUCUUUGAGAAAAAGCAAACAGGAGGUUUGGAGAUGCCAUCUUUCAUGAUGGAACAAUUCCAGACUGCAGAACAGGAGACUCCAGCUAAGAGCGUCCUCGUUUCUACCUACAACGGAGAUAGUGAGCCGGAAGAAGGCGGCUCAGAAAGAGCAACGGAUGUGGAGGGAGAAAUAACGGACUGGAAGAAGAUGGUCUGCCUACUCUGUCAGAGGCAGUUUCCCAACAAGGACACUCUGCUGCGUCACCAGCAGCUCUCUGACCUCCACAAGCAAAACAUGGAGAUUCAGAGAAGAUCAAAACUCACAGAAGAUCAACUGGAGGAGCUGGAGUGGAAAGAAACUGAGUGGAAAUACAGAGACAGGGCUGCAGAGAGAAGGGAGAAGUACGGAGUUCCUGAACCUCCUACCCCUAAGAAGAAGAAAGUCUUUAAACCGCCGGCCCAGUACUCUACAGUAGACUAUGAACAGCCCACCAAAGACGGCCUUACAAAUGAUAACAUUGGAAACAAAAUGUUGCAAGCUAUGGGCUGGCAGGAAGGAAAAGGCCUGGGCCGCCACCAACAGGGCAUCACCGCUCCCAUCUCGGCUUCACUAAGGACCAAGGGCACAGGCCUGGGUAUUAAAGGAAGCUCAUAUGAACUCUCAGCAUCUGACACCUACAAGGAUGCUGUUCGUAAGGCCAUGUUCUCACGCUUCACUGAGAUGGAGUGAACCAGUGAGAGAAAAGUAAUCAUACUGAACCGG